GUGCUGUCCCGACCCGACCCGACCCGACCCGACCCGCUGGCGCUGCCGGUGGCACCAUGAAGGCCGCGCUCGCCCCCGGCAUCCGCCUGCUCCGCGCUCUGCCCCGGGACAGCCGCUACCGGGGUUUGACGCUGCUGCUGACCUUCCUCUGCUACGUCUGCUACCACCUCUCCCGCAAACCCAUCAGCAUCGUCAAGAGCCAGCUGCACCUCAACUGCUCGGCGACCGGCUCCGAGCGCCGCAACGCCUCCAACGGCACCGGCGACUGCAGUUGGGCGCCUUUCGACCAGGAUAACUACAAGGAGCUUUUCGGCGCCUUGGAUAAUGCUUUCCUGGUGGCUUACGCCAUCGGGAUGUUUAUCAGCGGGAUUUUCGGGGAGCGGCUGCCGCUGCGGUACUACUUAUCUGGCGGGAUGGUGCUGAGUGGGCUCUUCACAGUGCUCUUCGGCCUCGGCUACUUCUGGAACGUGCACGUGCUCUGGUACUUCAUCAUCGUGCAGAUCUGCAACGGGCUGGUGCAGACGACGGGCUGGCCGGCCGUGGUGGCGUGCGUCGGGAACUGGUUCGGCAAAGGCAGGAGGGGGCUCAUCAUGGGCGUCUGGAAUUCGCACACUUCCGUCGGCAACAUCCUGGGCUCGCUCAUCGCCGGCGUCUGGGUCUCGUCCGCCUGGGGUUUCUCCUUCGUCGUGCCCGGCGCCGGCAUCGCCGCCAUGGGCAUCGUCUGCUUCUUCUUCCUCGUCGAGCAUCCCGAGGACGUCGGCUGCAGCCCGCCCCUGCACCACGCAGCGUCCGGGGAGAAGGACGCCGAAGGCGCGAUGGGCGACGACGGGCCGCUCGGCGCCUCCAGCCACACCAGCCUGGACCGUUCGGAGAGUCCCAAGGAAGCGGCCGAGGAGCCCGAAGCCAUCAGCUUCCUCGGGGCGCUGCGGAUACCCGGCGUCGUGGAGUUCUCCUUCUGCCUGCUCUUCGCCAAGCUGGUGAGCUACACCUUCCUCUACUGGCUGCCCCUCUACAUCGGCAACGUGGCCCAUUUUGGCGCCAAGGAGGCGGGUGACCUGUCGACCCUCUUCGACGUCGGCGGCAUCUUGGGUGGGAUCCUCGCCGGCCUCAUCUCCGACUACACCGGUGGCCGGGCCAGCACGUGCUGCACCAUGCUGGUCAUCGCCGCUCCCAUGCUCUUCCUCUACAACCGCAUCGGCCAGAACAGCGUCGGCACGUCCAUAGCCAUGCUCGUCGUGUGCGGCGGGUUGGUCAACGGGCCCUACGCCCUCAUCACCACGGCGGUUUCGGCGGAUUUGGGAACGCACGAGAGCCUCCAAGGCAACGCCAAGGCCCUCUCCACCGUCUCGGCCAUCAUCGACGGCACGGGGUCCGUAGGCGCCGCGCUGGGCCCGCUGCUGGCCGGCCUCAUCUCGCCCACGGGCUGGAACAACGUCUUCUACAUGCUGAUAGCCGCUGACAUCGCUGCUUGCCUGCUCCUCGCCCGCCUGGUGGUCAAGGAGGUCCGCGGCUGGUGCGGCUGCACGGCGAGGAAGAGAGGGUAAAAAAAAAGAGCAAUUUUUCUGGCCUUGCCGCUCCGGUUCGUGGAGUUUUGAUGGGCGCUGAGCCGGAGGGCGGCGAUGACGCCGGGAGCGCUCCUCUCCGGCCCGCUCGGAGGAGACGGCGGCCGCGGGAACGGCCGCAGCACCAUCCCGCCGCACUCAGCGGGGCGGGAUGGGGUGGGGGGUGCGCCGGGGAGCCCCUUUUUCUGGGCUCGUUCCUGGCCGCCGGCCUUUUGGUUUUGGUUGUUGUUGUUGUUUUAUUUUAAUAUUAAA